AUGCGGGCUCCUUCGAUCGGGGCGCUGUUGGUUCUCGCCAGGCUGUGUGUCGGUGAAGCUGCCGAUAAGGCCAAGUAUAAGGAGGCCUGUCCAGCAUAUGAGCACUAUGCUCGAUUUGCACACCACCAUUACAGCGAUGGCCCCAUGGCCCUUCCGUACCAGCGGCCCUCCACUCACUGCCGGACAUUCGAGUCCGACCUCGUCGAGAAGAUCAUCAAAGACCUGAACGCCAGCAUGGUGGAUCGAGACCUAGCCCGGAUCUUCGAGAACGCCUUCCCAAACACUCUGGACACGACAGUGAGGUGGCAUGUGGAUGGCACCGAGAAGCAAGAGACGACAAUGCAGCAGAUAUUCAAAGUGGGAUCAACAGGUGCAUGGGAGGGCCCACAGAGCUUCAUUGUGACGGGAGAUAUCAACGCAGAGUGGCUGCGGGACAGCACCAACCAGUUGGCUCAAUAUCAGCGCCUGGCCAAGGGAGACAAGCGGAUUGAGAACCUGAUCCUUGGGGCGAUCAACACUCAGGCCGAGUACGUGAUUGAGUCGCCUUACUGCAAUGCUUUCCAGCCUCCAGGCCCCAGCAAGCUAAGCCCAAGCGACAAUGGACAAGGCGACAACGUUCAUCCUGCAUACGAGCCGAGCGCAGUGUUUGAAUGCAAGUAUGAGCUGGAUUCUCUGGCGCAUUUCCUCUCACUGUGCAACCAAUUCUACGAACAUACUGGCUCCACCGCGUUCCUCACGCCCAGAUGGUAUACUGCGCUGGAGAGCCUCCUGAAAGUACUCGACGAGCAAAGCAAGUCGACCUUCAACAAGGAAACGGGGGCUUUCGAGCGGCAGAUGUAUCGCUUCCAGCGCAAUACAAACACUGGCACUGAAACGCUCAACCUGGCCGGGAAUGGCAACCCGCUCAACUGGGAUACUGGACUUGUCAGAUCAGCUUUCAGGCCAAGCGAUGACGCCACCACCUUUGGCUUCUUCAUCCCGGCCAACGCCAUGAUUGCGGUAGAGCUGAAGCGGGCGGCUGAAAUGCUCACCGCAGCUGGCAAACCACACGUCGCCCAAACGCUGAAGAACCGCGGCGAAACAAUAGAGAAAGGUGUCUGGGAACACGGUGUAGUCAACCACAAGAAAUGGGGCCCCGUCUUCGCCUUCGAAGUCGACGGCUACGGAUCUGCUCUCCUCAUGGACGACGCCAACCUCCCUUCCCUGCUCGCGUUGCCACUCAUGGGCUUCGUCCGAAAAGACGAACGCACCUACCAAAACACCCGCAAGAUGAUCCUCUCCAAAGAAGGCAACCCCUACUUCCUCGAAGGGAAGGCCUUCAAAGGCAUCGGCGGACCGCACAUCGGUCUCAGCAAUGCUUGGCCCAUGUCGCUGCUCGUGCAGGCCAUGACGAGCGACGAUGACGAGGAGAUUACACGAUUGCUCCAGGCGGUGAAGAGUGCGAGUCCGCUGGGACUGGUGCAUGAGAGUGUGAACGUGGAAAGGAUUAGGGAUUACACGAGAAGUUGGUUCGCCUGGGCGAACUCGGUAUUCGCGCAAACGAUUCUGGACACCGCAGAGAGGAAGCCGCAUUUGCUGUUCGGGCCCGGUGGGGAGGAGUACGUAGUCGGUGCCAAUUGA